AUGGCAACUCAGAUCUUUCGAUUGAAGUUAACAGAAACGAAAGCCGAAACGUCACUUAGUCGACCGAAUAUUAUACUUAUACUGACUGACGAUCAAGAUAUCGAAUUAGGCUCUAUGCAGUUCAUGCCAAAAACUGUUCACCUACUGAAAGAACGUGGAGUAACUUUUAGCUCAGGAUUUGUUUCAACUCCUAUAUGCUGCCCGAGUCGAAGUUCGAUACUGACUGGAAUGUAUGCACACAAUCAUCAUGUGCUUACCAAUAAUCACAAUUGUUCAGGAAUUGAUUGGAGGAGAAACUAUGAAAAAAAUACUUUUUCUGUGUAUUUGAAAACUCACAGCGAUUAUACAACAGCUUAUUUUGGCAAAUAUUUAAAUGAAUAUACCGGAACAUAUGUACCACCAGGAUGGGACCACUGGAUGGGCUUACUUCGCAAUAGUCGUUUCUAUAAUUACACAGUAAAUGUUAAUGGUAAAAAGAUCAAACAUGGAUGGGACUACGAAAAGGACUAUUUCACCGAUUUGAUUGCCAAUGAUACAAUAGCAUAUAUUCGACAGUUACAUAAACGAAAUCAUUUUAAGCCAUAUAUGAUCGUGAUAUCGUUUCCAGCACCGCAUGGUCCUGAAGAUCCAGCUCCACAAUAUUCUACUUGGUUUCAAGAUGUAGAAACACAUCGCACAGAAGCAUGGAACUAUGCUCCAAAUCCAGAUAAGCAAUGGCUUUUACAACAUACAGGGCGUAUGGAGCCGGUCCAUGCUGUUUUUACUGAUGUUUUGCACAGACGUCGAUUACAAACUUUACAAAGCGUGGAUAAAAGUAUUCACAGGCUGGUUAAUGAAUUACGCGAUUUGGGUGAUUUAUCAAAUACCUUCAUCUUCUACACUAGUGAUCAUGGGUAUCAUUUGGGACAGUUUGGUUUGGUGAAAGGUAAAAAUAUGCCCUAUGAAUUUGAUAUUCGUGUACCAUACUUUAUUCGUGGACCAGGACUUCCGAAGAAUAUAUCAAUUCGCGAGCCAGUAUUGAAUGUCGAUAUAGCCCCAACUAUUUUGGAAAUAGCUGGAGUGACAGUCCCACAUCACAUGGAUGGACGUUCUUUACUUCAGCUAAUGCGAUAUUAUGACAGACAUGAAAAAAAGACCAAAAAAGAAACGCAAAAAUCUAUGGAUUUGAGAUGGCGAAAUACAGUACUGAUUGAAAGAGGGAAAAUGGGAAAAUUAACACGAAUUCGUGAUCGAAUUAUAAAGCAACGUGGUCGAUUGAGUAAUGACAUUCGUGUUCAACAGGCUUGUUCGCGUUCUGAAUUCACUGAGCCGUGCAAGAAAGGGCAGUGUGCUCGUGAUCCAUUGGGAAAGUGGAGAAUUCUAAACUGUCAAGCAAAUGUGGAUGUCAUUAAAGAUUGUGAGUGCUCUGAAGAAAAUUUCAUGAAGCGACGCUAUCGACGAUCUAGAAAACAACAUGCCAAAGUAAGUGUUCGAAGAAUAGCAACUAUUGCUGAACUUGACAGUGAAGGGGAAAGCAUUUAUCUGGACGAAAUUCCUCAUAAAUGGGAAAAAAAGUUCUUGCAGUUCGUUCACGAGAAAGAAAUGAGGAAGAGUGGUCAGUGGUAUCAAGGUAUUUUUGAUGAUCAAGCUGAUGGCAAUUUACGGAACAAACCAUUCUGUGUAAAGUACAAUGUUUUUUGUAAACCGAAAAUAUUCCGAAAUCCCAAAUUAUGGACGAUCCAUAAAAUAAAAGUAGAUGACCGAAUCGAGAACUUAAAACGGAAGUUGCUACUUUACAAAGAUAUGCGAAGAACGUUAAAGCGCAGACGUCCAUCAUUAACAAACAACUUUCUUUCAUCUACUGACUUAAGUAAAUGUAUUUGCAAAGGCACUCGUUCACGUUUAGUAAAAAAACCAAAUCAUAAUACGUUACAUAGAAAUUGCACAGUGCCACAGAUGAAUUGUUUCGUGCAUGGUGCAGAUCAUUGGAGGACACCUCCGUACUGGCCAGAACUAUAUGGCAAAUUUUGCUUUUGUCAAAAUUCCAAUAAUAAUACUUACUGGUGUCUGCGAACGGUUAACAGCACACAUAAUUUUCUGUACUGCGAGUUUAUUACGGAAUUCAUAAGUUAUUAUGACUUGAAUGCCGACCCUCAUCAGCUACACAACAUCAUAUGGAGUAUACCGGUGGGCGUACUGGAACAACUGAGUCGACAGUUGGAGCUCUUGCGAAUUUGUCAAGGUUAUGCGCAAUGCGAACACUACUCUUCUUCACAAUGGCAUCUUCCCUUUGAUAAAACUAGUUGA